AUGAUAUGGAGGGGAUUGGAACACCUGAAUCACAUGAUUUGGAGGGGAUUGGAAUGCCUGAAUCACAUGAUUUGGAGGGGAUUGGAACACCUGAAUUACAUGAUUUGGAAGGGAUUGGAACACCUGAAUCACAUCAUUUGGAGGGGAUUGGAAUGUCUGAAUCACAUGAUAGGGAGGGGAUUAGAACACCUGAAUCACAUGAUUUGGAGGGGAUUGGAACGCCUGAAUCACAUGGUAGGGAGGGGAUUGGAACGCCUGAAUCACAUGAUAGGGAGGGGAUUGGAACGCCUGAAUCACAUGAUAUGGAGGGGAUUGUAACACCUGAAUCACAUGAUUUGGAGGGGAUUGGAACACCUGAAUCACAUGAUUUGGAGGGGAUUGGAACACCUGAAUCACAUGAUUUGGAGGGGAUUGGAACACCUGAAUCACAUGAUUUUGGGGCGGCCCAAUAC